AUGGGCUUGUUGCCGUUUGGAGAGCCGGUGGACGGCCACAUCUUGAGCUACCUGCUGGAGAAGAGCCGAGUGGUGCAUCAAUCGCCCGGAGAGAGAAAUUUCCACAUCUUCUAUCAACUCUUGGCCGGUGCAGAAGACGGACUCCUGCAGGACCUCGGGCUCAACAGAGAAGCUUCUCAGUACUACUACCUCUCUCAGGUGAAGCACUCGGAAUCCACGUCUUCCAGCUUGAGCGAUGCGGCGCAGUUCCAAGCCGUGAGAUCCGCCAUGAGAGUGUGCGAUAUCUCGAACGACGACGAAACGAAGAUGUUCCAGAUCAUCGCGGGGAUUCUUCACCUCGGAGACGUGGGAUUCUCGGCGGAGGAGAGCAGGGCCAUCGUGCAAAACAAGGACAAAGUCCGACUUGCGGCCAAGGUUUGCGACCGAGAAUCCUCCAUUUUAUGUUCUAGAACGUACGAAGUCGUGCACAAAAAUGAGAUGUGGAUUCCGAUCGGUCUCCUUUCCGACACGGGACGCACGAUCGGUUUCACCGAAUGUCGACCGGCGAAGCGACCGACGAGAUCGCUCGUCUCUCUCGAUGCGAUGCCUGACUCUCGUGCCGUUCCGUCGCAGAUGCUGGGGACGACGGAGGCGGAUCUGUCGCGGGCGCUGACGAACCGCUCCAUCGAAGCCAAGGGCGACUUCGUGCAGACGCCGUUGACGAGAGACGAUGCCAUCUACGCUCGGGAUGCCCUGGCCAAGGCCGUGUACCAGCGUCUCUUCUCUUGGGUCGUCUCGCACCUCAACGAGAGUCUGGAGGCACAGAUCACGCAAAAGAGACGCCUCAUGGGCAUCUUGGACAUCUACGGCUUCGAGGUCUUCGGCCAAAACAGUUUCCAGCAAUUUUGCAUCAACUACUGCAACGAGAAGCUGCAGCAACUCUUCAUCGAACUGACGCUGAAAUCCGAACAGGAGGAAUACCUGAAGGAAGGGAUCGAGUGGACCCCCGUCCAGUACUUCAAUAAUAAGAUCAUCUGCGAGCUCAUCGACAAGAACCACGGAGGGAUGAUAUCGUUGCUGGACGAGGAGUGCUUGCGGCCUGGGGAUCGGACGGACACCACCUUCCUCAACAAAAUCAACACCGUGUUGGGAUCUCACGCCCAUUUCAAGCGGGCCAAGACCAACGUCGGCAAAAGGAGCAGCAUCGACUCUCUGGACGAGUUCUGCCUGGUGCAUUACGCGGGUGACGUCACUUACAAAGUCCGCGGCUUCCUCGACAAGAACAACGACCUGCUCUUCCGGGACCUGAAGGAAGCGAUGAGCGAGUCCUCGAACGAGAUCGUCCGGGCCUGCUUCCCCAAGGAGGAGAUCCUUGCCAAGAAGAGACCUCCCACGGUGGCCACGCAGUUCAAGGACAGUCUCCAGAGCCUCACCAAGACCCUCAUCCGCGAGGAGCCUUCCUACAUCAGGUGCAUCAAGCCCAACGACCUCAAGCAGCCCGGUAGAACGGCUGCAAAGCCGGCGAUCCCUUGCCCCUGGUAUUACCGCCGAGAUUACGUUGCAGGGCAAUUCAACGAGAACGUGGUGAGGCACCAAGUGAAGUACUUGGGACUGAUGGAGAACCUGCGAGUGAGACGGGCCGGCUUCGCUUACCGCCGGCUCUACGAGGCCUUCCUCCAUCGAUACAAGAGCCUGUGCCCGGACACCUGGCCGACCUACCGUGGCAACCCUCGCUCCGGAGUGGAACGACUGGUCAAGUUCCUCGGAUACAAGAACGAUGAAUACCGAUUGGGGGAGACGAAGAUCUUCAUCCGGCUUCCGCAGACCCUAUUCGCCACCGAGGACGCCUACCAGCGCCGGAAGCACGAGCUGGCCACCCUCAUCUUUUUGAAGGAGGAAGUUGCUUUCGAGUUCGAAUCGAGUUCAUGCCCAGCGCGAGGAGGGAAGAAGUCGAGCUACAAGGGGAGCAUCGGUAAGCCGUUCGUGGGGAACCGGUUGGACUCCACCCUCGACGAGAAGCGAAAGGGGAUCUUCGAAGCCGGGAUUCGACGCGAUCCGGAGAAGACCAGAUACUGCACCAGGGUGACGAAGUACAACCGGCGCGGUCACAAGCCUCAGAACUGGAUCCUGAUCCUCACGUCGGGGACCCUCUACCUCUUGGACGAGAUGUGGAAGUUGAAGCACUCCAUCCCGCUGUCCGCCCUCAAGACCGUGACCGUCACGAACCUCGCCGACAACUUCGUCCUCCUCCGCAUUCCCCAGGAACUCAAGAGGGAAAAAGUACGAGAUGGAAAAUUGGAGCCGAACGCAAGUUUGCGUUUUCUCAUUCGCCGUACGGCUAGGAAGGGAAAAGUUAUCUGGGGCCACCGGUUCAGCUCUCGUUUUCGCUCAGCAGUAGCAGGCUGAUUGCCCAUUCAUUGUAUGCAUGACGUAUGCAUUCCAUACCCAAGACAAGCUCUGUUUCAUCUUGGACCUAAUGAAUGGGGGGGAUCUCCAUU